CAGUCUCCUGUAUGGAAACCUUUCUGGUCCGGAGGCUGUCCUGUCGCACCGUCCAGCUGCCCCCUCUGGCCUUCAGGCAGGCUGAGCAGUACUACUGCAACCAUAAACCUGAACCAGACACGGUCACAAUCCCACCACGACCGACCACACUGCCCCUACGUACCCCGCCACUCAUUGCCAUCACCUCAGCUGACACCAGCAGUUUCGAUGUGGACAACGGCACAUCAUCGGGGCGUAGCCCGCUGGACCCCAUGGCCAGCCCGGGGUCUGGGCUCAUACUGCAGGGCAAUUUUGUCCACAGUCAGCGGAGAGAGUCCUUCCUCUACCGCUCCGACUCGGACUACGACCUGUCGCCCAAGUCCAUGUCCAGAAACUCCUCCAUCGCCAGCGACAUACAUGGCGACGAUAUGAUUGUAACACCAUUUGCACAGGUUCUAGCCAGUCUAAGAACUGUACGGAAUAAUUUUGCUGCAUUAACCAAUUGUUCACAAGACAGAGCGUCCAACAAGAGAUCACCUAUGUGUAAUCCACCUCCCAUCACCAAGACCUCAUUCACAGAGGAGGCCUACCAGAAACUGGCCACUGAGACGCUGGAGGAGCUGGACUGGUGCCUGGACCAGCUGGAGACCCUACAGACCAGACACUCAGUCGGCGAGAUGGCCUCCAACAAGUUCAAGAGAAUGUUGAACAGGGAGCUCAGCCACCUGUCGGAGAUGAGCCGCUCGGGGAACCAGGUGUCAGAGUUCAUAUCCAGCACCUUCCUGGACAAGCAGCACGAGGUGGAGAUGCCAACUCCGCAGACGCAGAAGGAGAAGGAAGACAAGAAGAACAGGCCCAUGUGUCAGAUCAGUGGGGUGAAGAAACUUCAGCACAGCUCCAGCCUCACCAACUCUAGCAUACCCCGCUUUGGAGUCAAGACAGAGACAGAGGACGAACUGGCUAAGGAGCUGGAGGAUGUAAAUAAAUGGGGCCUUAAUGUUUUCAAAGUCACUGAGUUCUCUGGGAACAGGCCACUGACGGUCAUGAUGCACACUAUAUUCCAGGAGAGAGACUUGUUAAAAACGUUCAAAAUUCCACUCGACACCUUUAUAACCUACCUGAUGACCUUAGAAGACCAUUACCAUGGCGAUGUGGCCUACCACAACAACAUCCAUGCUGCUGAUGUCACCCAGUCCACUCACGUGCUGCUAUCCACCCCUGCUCUAGAGGCUGUGUUCACCGACCUGGAGAUCCUAGCUGCCAUAUUCGCCAGUGCUAUUCAUGACGUUGACCACCCUGGAGUCUCCAACCAGUUCCUCAUCAAUACUAACUCAGAGCUGGCCCUCAUGUACAAUGACUCGUCAGUCCUGGAGAACCACCACCUGGCUGUGGGCUUCAAGUUGCUUCAGGAAGAGAACUGUGACAUCUUCCAGAACCUGACCAAAAAACAACGACAAUCACUGCGCAAGAUGGUCAUCGACAUUGUCCUAGCGACUGACAUGUCCAAACACAUGAACCUGCUGGCUGACCUAAAGACCAUGGUGGAGACCAAGAAGGUAACCAGCUCUGGAGUUCUACUCCUGGACAACUACUCUGACAGGAUACAGGUGCUGCAGAACAUGGUGCACUGUGCAGACCUGAGUAACCCCACCAAGCCCCUGCAGCUGUACCGCCAGUGGACCGACCGCAUCAUGGAAGAGUUCUUCACCCAGGGGGACAGGGAGAGGGAGAGAGGCAUGGAGAUCAGCCCUAUGUGUGACAAACACAAUGCCUCUGUCGAGAAGAGCCAGGUAGGCUUCAUAGACUACAUCGUCCACCCUCUAUGGGAAACAUGGGCAGAUCUGGUGCACCCUGACGCCCAGGACAUCCUGGACACUCUGGAGGACAACAGGGAGUGGUACCAGAGCACCAUACCCCAGAGCCCCUCACCUACCCUGGACGAGCCUGAGGACAUCAGCCGCCCCCCUGGAGGGGACAAGUUCCAGUUUGAACUCACCCUGGAGGAGGACGGGGAGUCGGACACGGAGAAGGACAGUGGCAGCCAACCCGAGGAGGAGGAUGAAGAAGAGGAGAACAGUUGUAGUGACUCAAAAACACUCUGUACGCAGGACUCUGAGUCGACAGAGAUACCACUGGACGAACAGGUAGGGGAGGAUGAGGAAGAGGAGGUGGAAGUGGAAGGAGAGUCCUCUUCAUCGCAACAAUGUGUAGUGGAAGAGGAUGAGGAGGGGGAGGAUGAUGAGAAGAAGGGAGAGGAGAAACCAGCCGAUACAUAGCAGUGUAUGGACGGCAACUGAACUGUUCUUCUUAGUAACCAGAGAUUAUUAUUUAUAGAGUAUUUGGGGGUUUUGUGGAGUGUCUGUCAGUUUAAAAUAUAUAUAUGUCUAUGUUUAUGGUUCCAAAGCGCACGCUGCUCUCCACCCCUUGGUCACUCCUCUCUCCUCAUCCUAUUGGUCAGCUUCUUAGACACGCCCACUGGUACUUCUACAAGUUUUUUGCACUCAGGAAAACACUUUUCCAUUCACGUUUGUACUGAAGUUGUCUGUGUGUUAUUUCACUUUAAAACCCAGUCCUAGUGUGUUGAAGUUACAUUAAGGAUUUUGAUCAGCCGUUUAGAGUGUGUUUAAUACUGUUUAUAUACAGUAUAGCUCCUCCUUUCAGACUUGCCUGACUGAUGGCAGUGGUUCUGUGUAUUAUUAAGUGCCCGUUCUGCAGAAGUCGCUAUAGUAUAUUUUUUUCUUAGUACUCCUCAGCAAAGCGAGUGAAGCAAUGUGCUACUUGCUGUGUGGUCUGGAUGAAUGAAAGCCGAACAGGACACGUCACCAUGGAGAGUGGAGCUGCAGCACAUGGAGAGAAAUGCAUUGUGGGAAUUUAUCAAUACACUUUUCUGAAGUUUAAGUCUUCCUUGAAAACCUGACUGAAAAAAAGGCUAAGAUCUUACAGCGCUAAUGCUGGGUUUGACCUCUACAGUUUUUGUAUCAUACCGUACGUAACAUGGAGAUAUUUUUUAAGUUUUACUUUUGCUAUCCUAGGUUUUACUUUUGUUAACAAAGAGAUAAAGAGAACUGACUUGAAAGUCAAGUGAAAUCUGUUGAGGAGAAAUAGCUUGUCUGCCACUGCUUUUCUGUGUGUAAAAGGGUCAUUUUCCAGUUAUUGUAUUGGGGAAUAUUUGCACUUCUUUAAAUAUAUCCAACCUGGCCUCAGGGCAAUUCGUAGCAUUUGGGACAUACAUUUGCUCCUUUCAUUUAGUAUGAUAUGUUACAUUACAAAUGGAAUAGUGGUUGUACAAUAUUAUACGAAUUGGAGGAUAUAUAGUAUCAUAAGUCUUACCUGGUCGAACAAUAUCAUAUGAAUUGAAUGACGUAACUUAUCAUACACUACCAGUCAAAUGUUUUAGAACACCUACUCAUU